GAGAAUCUGAGGUUCGGAUGUAGGUCAGGGCCGAAUCGGAUUAGGCACGGUGCGAGGCUCGAGGCCUUUCUUCUUCCUCAUCGAAGACCUCACCUCCGUUGCGAUCCUCUUCGUUGCCCGUGCGUCUGGUCCCUCGAAGACUUGGAGCCUGGUUUUUUGGCAACCAGAUUUGAUGAGAGUGCAGAGCUCUUCAGGUUUAAUUGAUUCAAUUUUUCCAGCAUGCCUUCAGGGCCGAAGAAGAGGCUUGCUGCCAGGAGGAGAAGCAUUGGAGCGAGGACAUCUCUAGACAAGGAGAGUGUGUCAGGUUCUCAUGCAUCAGAUGAAGGGACCAGUCCGAAAACGUUUGAUGACGUGAACUCAGGAUUGUCCUUGGCCACUGGAAGUAACGAAAGACCAACGGACCAAACGUUCCAGACGGAGGAAUGGGUUCGUGUGUCGGACUUUGAUGUUGGCACGCCGACCUCAACGACCGCCAAGGGUGGCUUUCACGCUACUGCCGAGGACAGCUAUGGCGAUUCACGAGGCCACGACAAGAUCGUGGAUUGGGAGACUAUUUCCGGGGAGAAUGCAGACAAUUUCUCUUCUCCGGAGGACGUCGGUGAGGCUCGUGAUGUUGCGGCAUCUGACUAUGGACAAGAGCGAGGACAGCAAAUGCCACAUGUUGAUGAGCUACUUUCCGAUUCGUCAGUUUCUGACAAGGAAGACGAUGCUAAGAGUGUGAAAUCUAGAGAAAAUUCGCAUAGCAGCUCAAGCUCUAGUAGCAGCAGCAGCGGCAGUAGCAGAAGCAGUUACAGUCCUGAAGCAUAUCUGAAGAAAUCCGACGACGAAGAGAGACUGGGUAGUAUUGUGGUAAUUCCGUCGCAUGGAGAGGAUAGCCAGGAAAGUAGCUUUGCGGAAGUCGCUUCGGUGGAAACUCGAGACGACGAUUACCAUGAAUUGAUUGCAAAUAUCGGUUCUCUUGAAGUGAAAGGAUCUGAGGAUCAGGCCACUAGUGCCAUUGAACCUGCUUCAUCAGACGACCAAGAAGAAGAUAAAUAUGAUCUCUUCUCUGGAGUCGAGGACCAGGCAGUUGAAUCGGCUCCAUCCAAGGAUCAAGAGAAAGACAAAAACGGGGGUUCUAAUACGAAGGACCUUGAACAAGAGCAAUCUAAAGAUGAAGAAGCUGAUACUAAGGUACGGAAGCUGGAACACCAGACGCCAGGACAAUCGGAGAACGAGUAUCAUCAGGUUGCCAAACCGAAAGAGCUUGAGUCUGAGGUACCCACGGUGAAAGAGCAGGUCAGUGAACCUCAUGCUCCUGAUCAGAAUCUUGAAGAAGAUGAACAAGGCAUUGAACCUACGACUCCAGAUAAAGCUUCAGAGAAGAGUUAUUCUGAGAAUCCUUACAGUUUUGGUCACUCCAUUAGUGAUGAAGAAGUUUUUGAGGACGGAAAUGUCAGUAACUUGAAAGAAAUAGAAGAUCCUUCCGCUAGUCUUUCAGCCCAUGAGCAAACUGAUCACGCUGAGAGCUCCUCUGAAGUUCACGAAAAUAUUUCCAAAGAAGGUCAGGACUCUCCCGUCAGCACUGGCGUACCUGAACCAGAGCAACAUGAAUUGAACCAGCUGCUUGAGAUUGCACAGUCUAAGGAGAUAGCUAAACUAGGGAAAGUAGAGCAGAAGAUUCUUGCACAAGAACAUGACGCGAGCAACGGCAUUGCUGUUCUACAGCCUCUAGUUGAAGUUCUAACUGCAGACAAAAAUUCCAAACGCUUGGAAAGAGAUGAAGUGAAGGAUCAUCAAGCUGAUGAGGCUCCCCUUCCAAGGGAUACUCCAUGCUCGGUUGACUCGGGCCUGCCGAUUGAAGCGGGGUUAAAGGAUGUAACUUUAGAAAUGUAUACCAAAGAAGUGGAAGCAGAAUUACGUGGGGAUAGGUUUGGAGACAAGAAUCAAUCUGGAGAGGUCCCACUUACAGGUGACUCCUCUUCAGCAGAUUCGAGCUUGCAAGCACAAGAGCAACUCACAAGUAGGGACGCGGAAAAACAUCAGCGUUUGCUGGAUGGCCAAAGCGAAGUGGAUUCUCCCUUUUCAGUUGACAAUACAGAGCCUCGAACCGCAGUUGAGGGGGAUACUCUGGUGUCACCCAUUAAUGCAGCAGAAUCUGAGCUACCCAGAAGCUCUGGUGUGUUAAUCAAGGAUGUGGAAGAUUCUUGUUUGGUAGGCAAAGUCGACGGCACCACGGAUGCUGCGAAGUGUUCUGAAUCAUCCGAGCGAGUAGAACUCACACCGUACCACAAAAGAGAGGUGCAGGGAAGGCCGAUCGAAGCUUCUUCAGGUAGCUUGGGAUGUUGUGAACCUGUGCAAUGGUUACUUGCAAACUUAACACGGUGGGUCAACCCUCCAGCGAUUAGAAAUUAAAGACUUAACUAAGCCUUGUAUAGUGAAAUUUAGAUUUUCCUAGUAUUGAGAUUCUUACACGAGUGAGACCAGGUAGUUGGUGCAACCAAGUGUCAGGUUGAUAUUUGAGUAUCACAUAUGCUGGUUGCACUCCUACUCUGGCACUCAGCGUAAAUUUUCGAAAUGUAUCUACGGCGGGUGCAAACCCUGCUUAGCACGAAUUUUGAACAAAACAUUUGGUUUUGUAAAUUUUUUUUCGAAGGAGAUCUGCUCUUGUAAAGAUAAUUGGCGGUUCAGAAAUUU